GUUACAGAGCUUCAUCUGUCCAGAGGCGUAUGGGUGGAGAGACUCUCAAAUAUGUGUGUGUUUAGAAGGAGAGGGAGAUCCAGAGCUCUGAAUGACGUUCUCCUGCACUCAGACGCUCACGGCAGCGUGGAGAUGAUGUUUACCGACGCUGGACUUUGUAACCGAAGACUUUCUGGGUGUCUGAACGCAUGCGGACGGAGAGAAGAACGACAAAAGUGAAUGAAACAAACAUGGAGAGACGAGGAUCAAGGAGCACAGGGUGAAAGAGAUCAACUGUUGAGGAUGGAGACGCUUAUGGCUGAAUCCACGGACUGAAAGGUGAGAUGAAGGUGCUGCACAGCUGCAGGAAGAGGAUGAGCGCGUGUCUGCUCCUGCGCGUGUGUCUGCUGCUGUCUCUGCUCUGCGUCUGCGCUCACGUCUACAUGGAGCUCGAGGGUCUGAGACUCCAGAAACAGAGGCCGCAUCAGAGGACCGUCACCACGGCAACAGAUGCUGCGAGCGAUGCUGGAUCCACGUGCUGCUCGGCGCCCAAACAUCACAGACGGAUUCCCAGAUGGAAGAUCGAGCUGGAGCCGUGGGCCGCCGAGACUCGCGCUUUACAGGAGGAAGCGGAUCGAUUCCUCAGAUACAUCUCCACACCGCAGGUGUCUUGCGAGAAACCCGCGUCUGCGCCCGUCUUUGGCGCACAGCAUCAUGGGUCGUGGGUUCUGUGUUUGGACCGCAGGUUCAGUCUGGCGCAGCGGAUCGCGUCGAAACACUGCCGCGUGUAUUCACUCAGGUUGGGAGCGGAGGACGAGGCUCUGGAGCGUCUUCUGGCCGGCUCCGGCUGUGAGGUUCACUGUUUUGACCCCAGCAUCAGACGAGCUCAUCUGCAGGACGCUCACAUGUGGAUCCACCGCCUCUCUGUGGACUGGAGGGACCCGAACCCCGCCGUCCCCAUCCAGAGACUCCACAGCGGCACCAAGAAACUCGCCGCCAUCCUCAACCACUUCGGACACAGACAGGUGGACGUCCUGAAGGUGGACCUGGAAAGCGCCGAAUGGAAGAUCCUGGAGAACCUGAUCCUGGAGCAGGUGCUGGACUCGGUGGGUCUGCUGCUGCUGGAGCUGCACCUGCACUGGGCGGGGUUUGAGGUGGGCGGAGACGAGCCCUCGGUGGUCCGCUAUUGGUUCAGCCUGCUCAGGGAGUUGGAGCGCGCUCACUUCCGCCUCUACCACAGCUACAGCGACCCCAGAAAACCACGCCUCUUCCUGCACAGGAACUUCCAGAACGCCAGCAGCUCCUUCAUACUGGGAUGGGUGAACACGCAGUUUACGCCGCAAGGAUGAUAUUCUGGAUUUCUGGGGGAUGUGACAAUGUGGCACAAUUAAAGAUGUGAUAUGAUGUAUAUGGAUCUGUUUGUGAAAAGACCAGGUGUAAAAAACUAUUAAUAAUGGAAUUAAAAGGACUAUUAGCAACCUAUAUUUUUUAGUACAGAAUAAAAUAUAUGUAUGGUAUAUUUUUUAACAUGUUGCUCAAUAGGUUGAAUUCAGAUACACAUUUUGUACAAAAGGACUAUUUUUUGCUAUAUAUAUUUUUAAGUACAAAAUAGAAUAUAUUUAUGGAAUAUUUUGUUAACAUACUCAAAUAUCAACAAAAUAUGGACAAAAUAUGUUUUAAGCAAUAACAUCAAUGUUAUAAUGACAAACCAAGGAUUCGUACAGAUACUGGAAAAUAAAAUGUUU